AUGUCAGGAUUCAAGAAAUUCACCGACUUUUUGUUCUCCAAGCAAUCGUUAAGAUACGUCUGCACCACGCAUUUCUGGGGCCCAGUCUCCAACUUUGGUAUUCCUGUCGCAGCUGUGUUGGACUUGAAGAAAGAUCCUGAUUUGAUCAGUGGACCAAUGACUGCAUCCUUGAUCGGUUACUCGUUGGUAUUCAUGAGAUAUUCAUUGGCUGUCAGUCCAAAGAACUACUUGUUGUUUGGAUGUCAUUUCGUCAACGAAAUAGCUCAAUUAGGGCAAGGUUUCAGAUGGGUUAAGCACCACUACUCUAGCGAAACUAAAGCAAUUGAACCUUCAACUUAG